AUGGAAGCCGAGGAGAAGGAUAGCGACAGGCCGGGGUCGUCUGCUGAUGUGAGAGCCAGUCGUUCCCGCUCCCGGUCAGUCGGUCGUAAGUCUGGUUCCCGGUCUCGUUCCCGCUCCGGUUCCCGGUCCCGGUCUCGCUCCAGAUCCAAGUCUCGAUCACGUUCACGAUCUGGCUCAGCGAAGUCAAGAUCCCGAUCUCGUUCAGGUUCUCGGUCGGGGUCCGGCUCGCCCUCUCAUAAAGCGUAUAAUGUGUCCAUAGAACACAAGAAACGUCGCACGGUCCGUCUGGCCUCGGAUGACGAGAACGAGGGCGUGACCGAGGGGAGGGAGGAGGAGACGGUCGAGGGAGAGGGGGAGGAAGAGGAGGAGGAGGAGGGAGGUGGAGCGGGCAGGGAACAACACGGACUGUCAGACUUCGAGGCGAUGAUGCAGAGGAAGAGGGAGGAGCGGCGAGGAAGGAGGAGGAGGAGGGACAUCGACAUGAUCAACGACAACGACGACCUGAUAGCGGCGCUGCUGGCGGACAUGCGGCGCGCGGCGGACGAGGACCGCGAGCUGAACCGGCGGAACCAGCCGGCCGUGAGGAAGGUGUCCAUGCUGAAGAGGGCCGUGUCGCAGCUCAUCAAGAGGGACCUGCAGCUGGCCUUCCUCGAGGCCAACGUGCUCAACGUGCUGUGCGACUGGCUCGCGCCCAUGCCGAAUAGAGCGCUGCCCUGCCUGCUCAUCAGGGAGAGCGUGCUCAAACUACUCAUGGACUUCCCGGCCAUCGACAAGUCUCUUCUUAAACAGUCGGGUAUCGGUAAGGCGGUGAUGUACCUGUACAAACACCCCAAGGAGACUAAAGCGAACAAGGAGCGAGCUGGACGACUUAUAUCAGAGUGGGCCCGACCUAUAUUCAACCUGUCUACAGACUUUAGAGCUAUGACACGCGAGGAGAGACAGGCGCGAGACGAGGCUAUGUCCGGCAACAGGAGGAGGGAGGACGCGCCGAGCAGUAAGAGGACACGGACUGAGGAACCGGAGAGACCUGUCCGUCCCGGCGAGCCCGGCUGGGUGUCCCGCGCGCGCGUCCCCGCGCCCUCCAACAAGGACUACGUGGUGAGACCCAAGUCGACCUGCGACCUGGACAUGACGCGCGUUAGUAAGAAGAAGAUGACCAGGUAUGAGAAACAGAUGAAGAAGUUCCUCGAGCAGAAGAGAAUGAAGGGGGGGACCAGGAGGGCCGUGGACAUCUCCAUAGAGGGACGGAAGAUGGCGCUGUAG